GUCUUUGAGAAGAACACUCUGAAUUUGCCCGUAACUCCUGUCGACAUUUAAUCGGAGUUCGGUCGAAGCGACCCUCGGAUCGAGUCCUAAUAUUACAGACACGAGCUCCCAAAGGCCUACGAUACACCGCGAUAUCUUUGUAGUGUCCGUAAGCUAGUAAAUUACUAGAAAUACAUUCAAUGGCAUGCAGUAUUUCUAGUAAUUUACUAGUUCGCGUGUGAUCUAAUGAGAAAAAUCACACGGAGACGAUAUUCGGAGUGAAGGCUGCUUAUAAUGAAGUUUGCCGUGUUUUCGAUCAGUCUGGUACGGUUUGGUGUAAUACGUGAAGUGCGCUGAAUGACGAACGGUGAACGUGAAUGAAUACAGCUUAGAGCAGCGACGACCAGUUCAGCGAUAACACGGUGCGGAUAUGGUCGUGUUGGCCGUAUUGUAUUUAGGUGUCCAUGGACUUCCCCGAGGCUUGCCAUACUGCCCUUCUCAUGUCUUGGGUUAGGUCUUUAUAAAGCAGUCUUCCAGAUUACUCAUCCGCCAACUACAAUUCGAAUUUAGGCAUCGUUCAAUCAUGUUAUUGACUGUCAAACUAUAUUAAUAAUUUUUAAAUAAUAAUAUUAAUAAUUACAUACGGUGACAAGAAAAAAAAGAAGACACUCUUCAAAGCAAAGUUGGGAAAAGAAGUGAAACAAAGAAGUGAUGACGCAUUAUAUGAAAGAAAAUUAUAGAAUAACUUGGCAAUUAAAGAAAACGGGAAGUUUAGGCCAACCGGCCUGAGAUAUGCCAGUAAUAGCAGUGACACCUCAACAAUCAGUAAGGACAUCUUCGUUGCUGUUAGCUGAUACAGCAGAACAGUGUCGAUCAUCAUCAUUGUCGUGGGGUUGCCGGGUCUACGCGACCCGACGCGAUCUCUUUAUACCAGCGAUUGUCGACCCACGUCCGAGCAGAACGGUGCACUGUCCAGAUUUAAAUGCCUGUUUAGUGAACGAGUCGCGCUCGAAACACGAUCGAGUGGACUGUCAAACAAUCCACUUUGGUUACGCGAUCCCAAUUAAUAUCGUGUCGGUUCACGAGAGUCCUGAAUUAGUCGAAUUGGUAUUAGACCAGUCUGCCGAAUUUAGUAUUCAGGCAAUAAAUUUUCUAUUCGAUCAUCAUCCGCAAUUGCGUAAACAACAGCGUUCCCAUGAAAUGGCUGCCACAGCCAAGCAUGAUCUUCGUCGAAAAUUCCCUGCGGAUACGACCCCUUCUGGUGAAGAGGAUAUCGCCGCUAUCGCUAAACAGAUCAGUGAUCAUGCAGAAGCGAUUUACCAGACGUGGAAGAGUCGUGGGUUAGCGCCUACGGAGAUCUUAACUUGUCACAGUAACGAGAUCGCUGUUGAUAAGUUUGGUAGCGCAUUAACACCUUGCAAAUUAUCAACUAUUGAGAAUAAUGUUAGCGGUAAAACGUUGUCAGCGCCAUUACUUGAACGUUCUUCCUCGACCACGGAAGAUAUAUUAACUCAAACGCCAAAUUUGGACAAUGGAAACCUCGAAAAACUAGUCAAUAAUUUUGUAGUAGAGGAUAAAGCUAGGAUAGCCGCUUCCAAGCAGAAAUCGUCGUCGAAGUCAUUACCGUCUUCCAUACAAUUCGCAUUACAAAAGUUCGAGAAAAAUUCUGUGCAACAACAACAGACGACAGCAACUUCCACGAAAAAUAAUAUAACUGAUAACUCGAAGAAAUUAACAAACGUCUUGUUAUCUUCACCGUUUUUGAAUAAACCAUCGCAAAUAGUAAAACCUCAAAUUUUUACAAAAACUCUCGGCUCUCAUCACUGCGAAGUUUUUCUAGAGACAAUUGAAACUACUUUCCCAGUCGAUCUGACAUCUUCCAAAAAAGCGACACAGCAGAAGAGGCCCGCCAGUAUAUUAAUUGCCUCAUCGCCCACUAGUUCUUCAUUAAAUACUGAUUCGAUACACUCGAAAAGUUCGGGUUUGACAACAUGGCCAUUAAAAAAUAAGUUAAAUGAUGCCAGAAGAAUCGUAGAUAUAUCAACCAAACCAUCCCAACUAAAGGAAAAUAUUGAGAAAAUAUUACCAGCGAAAGAGGAGAAAAGACCAAUCGUGAUAGAAACAGAUUCGCGAUGUACGUACUUCGAUGAAGUUGCACGGGAAGAGGAAAGGUUAAUAAACGCUUUAAAAACAGGCGCCGUCAUUACUGAAGAAUCAGAAAGGACGAUGAUGUCUAAACGCACAAAGCCGGCUAUUACGCGGGAAAAACCAAAAAUUGAACCUAUUAAACAAAUUAUUAUCGGAAGCCAUCAUGGAGCUGGUUCAGCAGUACCCAAUUCAGCAGCGUCUAGCUUGACAACAUCUAGUUCAACAGCUACUGCGGCCAAUAUCGACAAUGUUGCUGCUGUUGUCACCACUAGUCAUAUCCCAUUAAUCAACGAGUCAAAAUCGCUUAACAAAGAUGAUUUGUCCGCUAUGUCAGUGGUAGACUAUGCUAAGAUUAGAUAUAAGGCAGCUCAACAGAAUUCGCCUACUCAACAACGGCUCGAAGAACAGCGAGCCUCCAGCCAUCCAUCUCAUUCCACUACGGAACAAUUGGUUUCUAACACAAGAACAAAAUUCGAGAUAGAGAUGCGAAAAGAUAAAGAUGUUAAAGAUGCUGAAAAGGAUGUAGUGGCAUCCAGAUGGGGGCCGAGGAUUUCUCCAACGCGAUCUCGCCUAGAACAGACUGUACCUCAUCCAGAAUUGACUAAUCAGCAAAAGCAACACAUAAGAGCGGCCGCAGCAACUGGCGGAACAGGCAACAAUCCCGUCAGACCGUUCCUUACCAGAGGUUCUGUAGCAGAACGUGUACUUAUUUUUGAAAAAUGUCCGAGUGAGCUACUAUUGGACAAGCGUGGUCCACGACAACCAGCCAUUAAUACAUGGAGAAGUGGUCAUGAGGUGCAAAACAAAGCUCAGAUUUAUACGAAAGAGAAAACUCAACAAAAGAGUUUGCCGCCACAUACAACUUUGCAAAGACAGGUGAAAGCUAAUAAGACCGUUUAUAUACCGAGAUUUUACUUUCCAGGAGGAAAACCUGUUCCUCUUUCGCAAUUGGAAACGAUCGUCUCAAAAAUUAUUACAGCCUUUCAAAAUUUACCGAAUUGUUGCGCUUCUCGUGCGCAAUUUCAUACCAUUACAAAGGCUUGUGACUUACCCUUAUACUGGAAAGUGCCACUUUUCUUGGCAGCUGAUGGUGACCAGAAAGGAAAUAUCGAGAUGAAUGCAUUUUUGGAAUUUUGGAAAGAACUAACAGUUACUCAUCACGAUGCAGCUAGUAAAUUUAUCAGAAUUGUCACCCGAAAAUUUCGAAACUAUAUACUUCCGGAAGAUUUAAUCCCUCUCGUACAAGAUGUAGUAGAAACGCAUCCAGGAUUAACGUUUUUAAAAGAAGCUACAGAAUUCCAUUCUCGUUAUGUACAUACGGUGAUUGCUAGAAUAUUUUAUUGCGUAAAUCGUAGUUGGAGUGGCAAGAUUUCACUUGCCGAAUUAAGGAGAAGCAAUUUGUUAUCAGUUAUUGCUGUGCUCGAGCACGAGGAAGAUAUUAAUCAAGUUACAGCUUACUUCAGUUAUGAACAUUUUUAUGUGAUAUAUUGCAAAUUCUGGGAAUUGGAUCGCGAUCACGAUCUGUUCAUAGAUAAAAUGGAUUUAACGAGGCAUAAUGAUCAUGCAUUGUCAACUCGAAUGAUCGAAAGAAUAUUUAGUGGUGCCGUGACGAGGGGCAGUAGAAUAAAGAGCAGUGACAAUGCGCAACAAUUAGAAGACAAGAUGAGUUACACAGAAUUUGUAUGGUUUCUUCUUAGCGAGGAAGAUAAAAAUCAUCCAACUGCCAUUGAAUAUUGGUUUAGAUGCAUGGAUCUUGAUGGCGAUGGUUAUUUAUCGAUGUACGAAUUAGAAUACUUUUACGAAGAACAGUUACGUCGAAUGGAAGCGAUUGGUCUGGAAACAUUGCCUUUUGAAGAUUGCCUUUGUCAGAUGUUAGAUAUGAUUCACCCGACUACGCCAGGCAAGAUAUCAUUGAAUGACUUGAAAAACUGUAAAAUGACGUCCAUCUUCUUUGAUACAUUCUUUAAUCUGGAAAAAUAUCUGGAUCACGAACAAAGAGAUCCUUUUGCUUCGACGAGAGAUCAUGAUACUGAUGGUCAUGAGCUCUCGGAUUGGGAUCGUUUCGCAGCAGAAGAAUAUGAAUUAUUAGUCGCAGAAGAAAGUGGCAAUGAACAGCAGGAACAAAUGUCACACAAUAUUGUUUCAUGGGAGUUAUUGCCAAAUGUGGAAACUUUAGUGUAUGAUUCGGUGGAUAUGAUCAAGAAUGCAAAUUCGUUAAUGAAUAUGUCAGAUGUUUGUGUACAACAGUCAAGGCAUGAGGAUAGCAACGAUAGCGACGAUUACGCAGACAGCGACAAUUAAUUUUUCGAUAAAUUUAUUCAAUAAUAAUAUAUAUAGUUAGAGAAAAAAGAGAAUAAAAAGAAGUACAGAAAGUAUUAUGACAUUAUCAAAAUAUAAUCUGUUAACUGAUUUUAAAGACUGCACGUGUUAUGUAUCUAUAUAAGUUGCUAUAAUGUUGCGACACGACGUGCCGGAUAUUUUUUUUCACAUUAUUUAUAUUACAGGAUUAGAUUUUUAAUCAAUAAUCUUUUUAAAGAAAAGUGCCCAUGUAAUAUUGAUCACAUAUAUGACCUUUUACUCAAAAGUGAUAUUUCUUCUAUAUACAUAUAAUGUAGACAGUUGUUUAGUAGAUUAUCAAAUUAUACAUUUAUGUACAUGUACAUUACUCAGCGUCAAAUAUAUUUUAACAUAUCAAAUUAUGUUACAUUUGGGGUAUAUAUUAGGGUAUAU